AUGUCAGCCAAAGACGACAUUCCCGCUAUUUUCUUGGACAAAAUCAGCCCCAGAGGCUUGGACGCUAUCCAGAAGUGCAAAGACUUUGUCAAUGAUUACUGUAUUCCAGCAGACAAGGUGUACUUCGAACAGAUCUCCAAGGAUCCAGAAUUGAGAUGGAAGUCCACGCCUGCGAUUACCGAAAAGCUCAAGGCAAAGGCCCGCGAGAUUGGUUUGUGGAAUAUGUUUUUAUCCAAACACUACGAGGAAGGUGGAGGCUACACAAACUUGGAGUAUGGACUCAUGGCUCAGUAUCUUGGAAGAUCACAUGUUGCACCUGAGGCUACCAAUACCAAUGCACCAGACACGGGAAAUAUGGAGAUUUUGGCUAGAUACGGGACUGAUUAUCAGAAAAAGACAUGGUUGGAGCCAUUGCUUGACGGCAGGAUUCGGUCGGCCUUCUUGAUGACUGAGAAGGGCACAUCUUCAUCGAAUGCGUUGAACAUUUCAUGUUCAGCCAAAUUGAAUGACAAAGGCAACUACGUGAUCAAUGGUGUCAAAUGGUUUGCAUCGGGCGCAGGCGACCCACGUUGUAAGGUUUGGUUGGUGAUGUGUAAGACAAACGAUGACGAGUCCAACCCAUACCUCAACCAUUCGGUGUUGGUAUUGGAUGCGAAAAAGGCAAUUGAGUCUGGCAAAGCACAUUUGGUUAGACCCUUGCAAGUUUUUGGAUAUGACGACGCCCCUCAUGGUCACUUCGAGAUCCGUUUCGACAACUAUGAGCUCAGUCCCGAGGAACAGAAAAACUCUGUGUUGGCUAAGGUCGGGAUGGGGUUCGCAAUUAUCCAGUCCAGAUUGGGUCCAGGUAGAAUCCACCACUGUAUGAGACUUAUUGGUGUGGCAGAGUAUUCUUUAUUGAAGACUGUGCAGAGGGCAAACUAUCGACUCAUUUUCGGCAAGCCCAUGAACCAGCGGGAAUCGUUUUUGAAUGCCUUUGCUCAGUCCAAGAUAGAUAUCGAGAAAUGCAAGUUGUUGGUGUUGAACGCCGCACAUAAGAUCGAUAUCUCUAACCCAAAGCUGGCCACACGGGAGAUUGCCAUGGCGAAAAUUGAGACUCCACGCACCACACUUAAGGUCUUGGACUGGGGCAUCCAGAUGUAUGGAGCUGAAGGUGUUUCUCAAGACACUGAAUUGGCUUGGCUCUACGCUACCCUGAGAACCUUAAGAAUCGCAGAUGGACCCGACGAGGCCCAUUUGGGCCAAUUGGCACGUACUGAGGCAAAGAAGUUCCCAUUGGUAGAUGAUUACUUUAGAAAGUUGGAGGAGAACCGGGCCAGAGUUGCAAAGAUGUAG